UCUGAAGGAUCAAUGGAAGAUCCUCAGCCAAACCCAACUUCAUCCCAAACCUCACUUUAUGCUCUCAUUUUUUUCAUUUUUCUUCUAGUAUUGAAUAUCACGACAACUAGAGAUAGAAAAAGAAAAAACCUGCCUCCAGGACCUCCAAAGCUACCCUUACUAGGCAACAUGCACCAGCUAGGGAGGCUCCCACACAGGACCUUAACAACCCUUGCAGAAGAAUAUGGACCCCUGAUGCACCUAAAGCUUGGGCAGAUAGAGACCAUAGUAGUUAGCUCACCUGAGCUAGCCCAACAAGUCUUGAAGGCACAUGAUGUUGUCUUUGCUAGUAGGCCAGCCAUCUCCGGAGCCAAGCACAUUGCCUAUAAUUGCAAAGACCUCGUAAUGGCCCCAUACGGCGCUUACUGGCGAUCAGUUCGCAAGAUUUGCAUUAUGGAGUUGCUUAGUGCAAAACGCGUGCGAUCGUUUUGCUUUGUUAGAGAGGAGGAGACCACUCAUCUAGUGGAAUCCAUUGCUGAGGCUUCCUACACUCAUAUCAAUCUCACACACAGAAUUUUCUCACUUGUUAGUAGCAUAGUGGAGAGAGUGUCCUUGGGCAAAAAGUAUGCUGGUGAUGAGUUCAGGGACAUCAUUAGGGAGACACUUGAGAUAAGUGGUGGCUUUGAUAUAGAGGACUUGUACCCUUCUAUGGGGUUUCUUGGCCUUCUAUCAAGUACCAGGGCAAGGAUGAAGAAGAUCCAUAUGCAAUUUGAUUGCUUCCUUGAUAAAGUGAUAGAGGAGCAUUUAAAGAGUGGGAGAAAGCAUGUGGGAGAACAAGGGGACUUGGUCUCUGUCCUCCUCAGGUUUCAAGAGGAAGGUGAUGGUGAAAUAGAACUAACAAACGAUAAUAUCAAGGCAAUAAUCUUGGACAUGUUUGUUGCUGGCAUUGAGACCUCAUCUGCAACCUUGACAUGGGCAAUGGCUGAGCUCAUGAAGAACCCAAAAGUGAUGGAGAAAGCGCAGAGGGAAAUAAGGCAUGCCCUUAAAGGAAAAGCCAAGGUAGAAGAAAGUGACCUGGAGCAACUAGAGUAUUUGAAGUUAGUACUCAAGGAAACGCUCAGGUUACAUCCUCCAGUUCCAUUGUUGGUCCCAAGAGAAUCCAUGGAGAAAUGCACAUUAGAAGGGUACCAAAUACCUGCUAAGACAAGAGUCUUUGUGAAUGCUUGGGCCAUAGGAAGGUGUAGCAACGUCUACGAAAAUGCAGAGAAAUUUGAGCCAGAGAGGUUCUCUGACAGUUUGGUGGAUUAUAAAGGGCACCGUUUCGAUUACAUCCCCUUCGGGGGAGGCCGAAGGGGGUGCCCCGGAGCACUCUUUGGUAUGGCUACUGCACAAAUUGCAUUGGCCCAACUACUUUUUUAUUUCGACUGGAAACUUCCCCAUGGACUGACACCAGAGGAGUUGGAUAUGACCGAGAACAUUGGAAUAACAUUGCCCAUGAAGAAUGACCUAAUUCUCAUCCCUAUUUCUCACUGCACGAGCAGUAAAUGUGCAUGAUUUGUCUUGAAAGAUUGUAUUUACCAGCUACAUGGUGGUCUAUGGUUGGUUUGUGUGAUGUUUAAUUUGUCACAACAGAAAGGAGUGAAGUUUGUAU